GCGUACCGGAAGUAGACGUGGCAGAUGGAGCAACUGCCGAAUGUAGUGAGGGCGGCCCGGAGUGUCGGGAUGCGGGGCGGCUGGUCGCGGACUCGGCUGUGUCGUUAGUGCUGCUGGGUGACUGCCGUGAGGAUGUUGUGUGAGCGGCUGCGGUCUGGCUCAGGUUCGGGGUCCACUUCCGGACUCGGGCUGCUCCCCCUCUUGCUGUUGCUGCUGGCUGGUGCCGUGGUCAGGUUGACCCGCAGCAGGACCGUCCCUGUGUUGAGCGAUGAUGUCCCCUUCAGAAUAACAUGGCCCGGGCCCGAGUUCACGCUGCCAACAACAGGCGGUCUGUAUAAACCGGAUGACUUUAUAAUCGUCACUACAGUUCACAAUGAAAGGUACAAAUGUAUGUUACCUUCCAUUGGUAAUGGAGAUCAGGAUGAAGAUAAUGAUUACAAAGGUCAUGGGCCUGGUGAACUACUGGAACCACUCCUUAAGCAGAGUAGUUGCUCUUACAGGAUUGAGUCUUACUGGACUUAUGAAGUGUGUCACGGAAAACACAUUCGUCAAUAUCACGAGGAAAAGGAAACUGGACAGCAGAAAGUUAAUAUCCAAGAAUAUUAUCUUGGUAUCAUGACUAUGCCGACUGAUUCCGAGACCAAAGAUCCCAUCACAGUGCAGCCAGAUGAAUCCGAAACAGAAACUGGGAAACUGAAAGUUCACACCAAAAAUAUUGAAGGACAGAUAACUCCUUAUUACCCUGUCUUAAUGGGAAAUGGGACACCUUGUAGCUUAAAACAGAACAAACCAAGAGUAACCACUGUCAUGUAUGUCUGCCAUCCUGAAGCCAAGCAUGAGAUCCUCUCUGUUGCUGAGGUCACUACAUGUGAAUAUGAAUUAGUUAUAUUGACACCACUAUUGUGCAGCCAUCCUAAAUAUAGAUUUAAAACCUCUCCAGUUAAUGACAUAUUUUGCCAGUCAUUACAUGGCUCACCAUUAAAGCCUCAAAGCCUUGAAGAAUUUGAAAAACAGCAAGAAGAAAUUAUGAAACCAUCUUUUAAUAACCAAAGGAUCCAAGAGGAAAUAGAUGCAACUUCCACAAAGGAUGAAAAAUUUUCAACCCACAAAUCUAUAAGCAUUGGUGGACAGCAGCCAGUUACUGUAGGAACCAUUCACAUUUCCAAACUGACUGAUGAACAGCUCAUUCAGGAAUUUCUGAGCGGCUCCUAUUGUUUCCAUGGGGGUGUUGGGUGGUGGAAGUAUGAAUUCUGCUAUGGUAAACAUGUGCAGCAGUAUCAUGAGGAUAAAGGAUCUGGAAAAAACAUCAUAGUGGUUGGAACCUGGAAUAAAGAAGAGCACAUUACGUGGGCAACAAAAUAUUCAGCAAGGUCAUAUCAGUGGAGAGAAGGAGCACAAAAAGUGAGAGUUGUUUCGCAUUUUUACGGAAAUGGAGAUCUUUGUGAUUUAACAGGAAAACCACGGCAAGUGGUUGUAAAAUUGAAGUGUAAGGAAUCAGAAUCCCAACAUGCAGUCACAAUCUAUAUGCUUGAGCCACAAACCUGUCAGUACAUUCUGGGAGUGGAAUCACCAAUAAUUUGUAAAAUUCUGGAUACAGCUGAUGAGAAUGGAUUGUUUUCGGCACCCAGCUAAACACAUGCAGGCUGAACGUCUGUUGGUAGAACAAAACUGACUAAAUAUUUGUGGACUGGACAUGUCAUGAAAGUCUAUAAUGUAUGUUUAUUACAUAUCAGUUCCUUUUAAAAUUGGACACCUGGAACUAAGUAUUUGACAGACACCACUGUAUACGUAAAGAAGCAAGAACCAAUCUACAAUGAUUGAUUGUAAAUACACUGUAUAAAAGGCUGCAUUGGAAUACCUUUGUAUGUUUGAGAAUACUUGAAAAUUGUACAUCUGCUGUGCUUAGUGUAAUUUUACAAAGAUGUAAAUUUUAAAUUUAAACUUUUUCCAGUUCUUUUCUGAAAGGGUCAUCUUUGUGUUAAAUUCUUUAAUUUACUUGCUAUUUUGGUACACUUUUGAAAUGUUUAUUUACUGCACCCAACUAACAAUUUGAUGCUCUAAAUCUCACCCAUAAGUGUUUUUGACAUUUGUCAUUUUCCAUUCAAUUUUGAUAACACUUAGAAAACUAUUAUGACCUCUGAUUCUCCAUCUGUUUGUAAUAUAAAAAUGCAUAUAAUUUUCUUAUGUCUGUGAAUAAACAUUCAAGUGCAAGUUGUGCAAAAUA